AUGCCUCUGCCGGCGGCCACUCGCCCCGUGGGGACUGAGGAGGGGAGCCUCGCCCCGCAGGCAGCGGCACGGUCGGAUCCUUCCUCCGGACCCCAGGGCCAGGCGGCGACUUCAGGGGAAGGCCUCGGCCUCCCUUGCCCUGCGGCUGGGCUGGGCUCGUCUGGUGCUCUCAGGGUCCCGAAAUACUUGUCUCAGCAGUGGAAUAAAGCUUCAGGAAGAGGCGAAGUAGGAAAGCUGCGAAUUAGCAAGAAUCAAGGAAGAACAGAAGUAUCUUUCACUUUGAAUGAAGAUCUUGCAAACAUUGAAGGUAUUGGUGGGAAGCCAACUUCUGUCAGUGCGCCCAGAGAACAUCCAUUUCAUUUGCAAAAUGUAGGAGGACAAACUUUAACUGUGUUUACAGAGAGCUCCACAGAGUCCCAGACAGAUGAAAAAUCUGAGAGCAGCAAUGCUGAGAAACUGUCUUUGGAAGGAAUCGUGGUCCAGCGCGCAGAAUGCCGGGCUGCAGCCAGCGAAAAUUAUAUGAAAUUGAAAAGGUUGCAAAUAGAAGAAUCUUCCAAACCUGUAAGCUGGACCAAGCAGCUAGAUAAAGCGGUAACCACCAAUUACAAACCUGUGGCUAACCACCAGUACAAUAUUGAGUAUGAAAAGAAGAAGAAAGAAGAUGGGAAACGGGCUCGGGCUGAAAAGCAGCAAGUGUUGGACAUGCUUUUUUCAGCUUUUGAAAAACACCAGUAUUACAAUAUUAAAGACUUGGUGGACAUAACCAAACAACCAGUGAUUUACUUGAAAGAAAUUUUAAGAGAAAUCGGCAUCUACAAUGUUAAGGGGACGCACAAGAACACCUGGGAGCUCAAGCCAGAAUACAGACAUUACCAGGGUGAAGAUAAGAGUGACUGAGAGGACGGCUCAGCCAGCCAGCAAGGAAAGACGGCAGAGACUGACUGGCCUGCAAGAAGCCCCCCACUCCCCAUUCUGUUUGUGUGCAACUAUGUUUUGGUAAAUAGAAUAAAUGUGUAUUAGAGUUCUUUUAACAUUUGGCAUUUUUAUCGCAUUUUGUAAGAAGGCAACAUUAGUAGGGACCAGAAGCCUGAUUUACUGAGGUGCUGAGUUUCUCAUUAGUAAAAUAUAUCUGUGGCCGUGAGUUUUUGAUAUCGCCAAACCCCAAGGCUACGUUCGUGUGGACCUUUUCAGGAUCAUGCCUUCCCAAAGGCAGCCAGUAGAGAUCUGAAAUCUUCCUUACUGGUUGGGGGAGUUCUUUUGCUUCACAGACAAACAAUGGAAAGAAGAAGUAACAAUUCCUGAGCAAAACAUCCAGCCCAGCACAGCACGGCUGGGAUCCUAGCUGGGAUCUCUGUGGGCACCGGGUGUGUGGGGGGGGCAGUUUUCACUCUUCGCCCCUCCUGCUGGAGACUCUGCUAUCCAGGGGGGGUCCCCUCCCCCCCAGAAGCAGCAUUUGGGGAAAGUUGGGGGCUGCUGCAGGAAGGAGGAAUAAGGGGAAAUUGACCCCCCCCCCCGGAGGUCCUGGGCAGGAUUGUUGGCAAUUUUUUUUGUAUAAAAGACAAUUGUUUGGAGUCACUGUCUUAAUAAAAGCAGCUUUUUAAUUUGUCUCAUUGCAAGUGUUUCUACCAUAGCAGUUGGAUUGAAAGGGUUAAAAGAAGUUAGUCUAACACAGAGGUGUCGAACUCAUUUGUUAUGAGGGCUGGAUCUGACAUAAAUGUCACUUUGUCGGG